CGAUGAUUUUCUGGGGAAGAAACAAGCCGACGAGGAGGUCGUUCCAACAAAGAAGUUUGCAGGAAAAAGGUGGUCCCACUCAAGAACACGGUUUUAUGAAACGAACGACCGAGCGCUUCUAUCUGUUUUUUUUGCCACGGUGUUGUUGCUUUACGCGCAAAAUGAAGCCAUCAACUUGUUGCAAUUUACUUGAAACGUUAUCAGAGCCAUAAGGGAGUAUGCAGUAUGCCGUUUUAUAAUCUGGAUUCAACUUCGGAAAAAUCCGAACCAAAAAAACUGAGAAACAGCUGAGAGUGGGGUGAGGAGGAGGUUGGCUUUGGCAAGUUGUGGACUUCUGCCUUGUAACUCCCGCUGUCGUAUGUUGCUAGCUAACUUUGAUAUAAGAAUUGCCCCAUUUCAUCAGUCUACUACAGUGUGGUGAGGUCUGUUUUCUGAGUGGUCUGCCACAGUGAUUGGUUCAGUGGGCCACUGCAGCAUUUCCUCAAGAACAUUGGCUGCCUCCUGUGGCUUGAUGCUUUUCAGUGCUUGGAUGUUGCGUGGGCGAUGAGGAUGUCCUGCUGGUCCCAGUGGGACAGGAUUGUGAUGUGAUGGGGUGCAGGACGAGCAAGGUCCUCCCUGAGCCACCUGGAGAUGUCCAGCUAGACUUGGUCAAAAAGGUGGAUCCCCUCCAGACCGACAUCUACAAACAUUUUAUCCGAGGCGACGGCAGUGGGAGUAAAAUGAGAGGGGAGAAAACAGGCUCUCCCCCGCCUCAGGCAGCAUUCUCAGCCGCCCAGGCACCCACAAAUACAGGCCAACCAGAGGCCUCUGACCCACGCAGAAACAAGGUAGCCAAGUACAGAGCUAAGUUUGACCCACGGGUCACAGCCAAAUAUGACAUUAAGGCGCUGAUAGGCCGAGGUAGCUUCAGCCGGGUGGUGCGAGUGGAGCAUAAGAGCACGCGGCAGCCCUACGCCAUCAAGAUGAUAGAGACGCGCUACAGAGAGGGACGUGAGGUAUGUGAGUCAGAGCUGUGUGUCCUGCGUCGUGUACGCCACACUAACAUCAUCCAGCUGAUGGAGGUGUUUGAGACAGCUGAGAGAGUGUACAUGGUGAUGGAGCUGGCUACAGGGGGAGAGCUUUUUGACCGUAUCAUCGCCCGUGGCUCGUUCACAGAGCGUGAUGCUACACGUGUCCUACAGAUGGUACUGGAUGGGGUCAAGUAUCUACAUACACUUGGCAUCACCCACCGUGACCUCAAGCCUGAGAACCUGCUCUACUAUCACCCCGGUGCAGACUCUAAGAUUAUGGUCACUGACUUUGGGCUGGCCAGCACUCGUAAGAAGGGUGAUGAGUGCUUGAUGAAGACUACUUGUGGGACACCAGAGUACAUUGCCCCAGAGAUCCUGGUACGAAAGCCAUACACUAAUGCUGUGGAUAUGUGGGCUCUAGGGGUCAUCUCCUACAUUCUGCUGAGUGGAACCAUGCCCUUUGAGGAUGACAACCGCAUGCGCCUCUACCGUCAGAUCCUCAAGGGGAAGUACAGCUUUUCUGGGGAGCCAUGGCCCAGUGUGUCCAACCUGGCAAAGGACUUCAUCGACCGUGUGCUGACUGUUGACUCCAGUGAGAGGUUAACAGCAGGCCAGGCUCUGAAGCACCCCUGGAUCGUCAGCAUGGCUGCAUCAUCCUCCAUGAAGAACCUGCAGCGCUCUAUCUCCCAAAACCUCCUGAAGAGGGCCUCAUCACGCUGCCACAGCACCAAGUCUGCCCAGUCCACACGCUCCAGCCGCUCCACCAAGUCCAACAAGGCUCGUCGUGCUCGGGAGAAAGAGCUGCGUGAGCUCAACCGCCGCUACCAACAACAAUACAAUGGCUGAGUAAUAGUUAUGUGGGUUGCAAUGUUGAAACUCAUAAUGUUGUGUGUCUCAUUGAGACCACAAGCAGGGACUUACCAGCAGCUGCCUGGAACAGUAAUUCAGCUCCUAGGCCAUAGUGCCACUGGGGCAGCAAGAAAAACAUCCUAAUAUUUCACCCUUUUUUCCUAGAUUCCUAUUCCCUAAUGUUUCUUUCCUGUCCUUGUGUGUCUCACAUUUUAUUUAUUGUUGAUUAUAUUGUUUCUGUGGAAAUGGUCACUUGAAGCUGCCCAUCUAAACGGAUCUGUUGAGCAACAUUCUAGGAAUUAAGUUUUAGGAAGGGGUGUUAAAAUGCUGUUCCUGCACUCGUUCUUGAUUAUUUGCUGUGAAUUCAUUGUACAAGAACAGUGGGUCACUUGCUUUGGUGGAGAUACACUACAUGACCAAAAGUAUGUGGACAUCUGCUCGUCGAACAUCUCAUUCUAAAAUCAUGGGCAUUAAUAUGGAGUUGGUCCCCCUUUUCGGCUAUAAACCCUCUUCUGGGUAGGCUUUCCACUAGAUCCAUUCAGCUACAAGGGCAUUAGUGAGGUACGGUCGGCGUUCCAAUUAAUCUAAAAGGUGUUCGAUGGGGUUGAGGUCAGGACUUUGUGCGGGCCAGUCAAAUUCUUCCACACCGAUCUCUACAAACCAUUUCUGUAUGCGCCUCGCUUUGUGCACGGGGGCAUUGUCAUGCUGAAACAGGAAAGGGCCUUCCCCAAACUGUUGUCACAAAGUUGGAGGCACUGAAUCGUCUAGAAUGGCAUUGUAUGCUGUAGCGUUAAGAUUUCCCUUCACUGGAACUAAGAGGCCUAGCCCGAACCAUGAAAAACAUCCCAGACCAUUAUUUCUCCCCCACCAAACUUUACAGUUGGCACUAUGCAUUGGGGCAGCUAGUGUUCUCCUGGCAUCCACCAAACCCAGAUUUGUCCGUUAGACUGCAAGAUGGUGAAGCGUGAUUCAUCACUCCAGAGAAUGUGGUUCCACUGCUCCAGGGUCCAAUUGCGGCGAGCUUUACACCACUCCAGCCAACGCUUGGCAUUGUGCAUGAUGAUCUUAGGCUUGUGCGGCUGCUCGGCCAUGGAAACCCAUUUCAUGAAGCUCCUGACUAACAGUUCUUGUGCUGACGUUGCUUCCAGAGGUAGUUUGGAACUCUAGUGAGUGUUGCAACUGAGGACGGACAAUUUUUACGCACUAUGCGGUCCCGUUCUGUAAGCUUGUGUGGCCUACCACUUUGCAGCUGAGCCGUUGUUGCUUCUAGAAGUUUUCACUUCACAAUAGCAGCACUUACAGUUGACUGGGGCAGCUCUAGCAGAGCAGAAAUUUGAUGUACUGACUUGUUGGAAAGGUGGCAUCUUAUGACCGUGCCACAUUGAAAGUAAUUUAGCGCUUCAGUACGGGCCAUUCUACUCCCAAUGUUUGUGUAUGGUGUGCUUGAUUUUAUACACCUGUCAACAAUGGGUGUGGCUGAAUCCACUAAUUUGAAGGGACGUCCACAUACUUCUGGUCAUGUAGUGAAUAUAUCCUGAGAUACGGAAUAUUUUUUUUAAUACUUUGUGCUAAAACACAAAUAUGUCAGAAGCAAGGUUUCCAUCCAAUUGACUACAGAUUUUCUUGUGAAUAUUAAAAAAAUAAGAAGAAUUAAAACCCACCAGAGAUGUGUUUCUGGGAAAUUAACUUGUUGCGGAUGAAAGGCUUUGCUUGAUGAUGUCGUGUACAUAAAAAUAACUUUUGAGGUUAAAUUCCCAAAUAAAAAAAUAAGUUAAAUGGGUUUCCAUCGCAUUUUCAACUCGGAUUGUUUUGCCACAAAAAAAUUGCGUUAUAUAGCGGAUGUGCCCACUCUGGUACUGACCCUGGCGCUCUAGCCAACAGCUCUCAGAUACAGUGCAGGUAAAGCCUACAUGAUGAGAUUAUUAUGGCCAUCAUAUCACCAGAAUAAGACCCUCAAUAUUUAUUGGAUAGGAGAUUCAAGCUCAUCACCUUGCACUUUCACCACCCUGUGAAGUUCAUAAUUGAUUUCAUCUGUAGCAUAAUAAACUGCAUGGUUUCCCGAGUUGUAGUGGGAGGACCAUACAUGUCAUCACUUGAUUCCAAGUUUACUUCGAUAUGAUGGUUAUUCUAUCACUAUUUGCGCAUAAAAGCAUUUCCACUUACAUUUCUCUGAUAAUUAAUUUUACUGACACAAAAAUAUCCCACCUUUUGUAGCAUAUAUUGUUUGUUUCCAUCAGGCCAGUCGUGACUUUAAAAAAAAAGCAGGUUGGAUGGAAACCUCGUUAAUGAAGGCCAAAAUAAACAUUUAUUUAUUUAAUUUUGGUUUAGAAGUCUAGUAUAUCCAAUAUUAUUGUAUUCUGACCAGUUGCUUUCAUGAUUUGAAAAUUAAGUAUUUUUCUAACCAGGAUUCAGAUUUUAUAACCUGUUAAUGUCGGAGUUGUUUCUAUUCAUUUUGGGAUUAUUUUUUAACUGUGAUCUUGAAAGACUAUGGGAGGUUGACUGGAAACUCUAAAUAAGGAAAGAUGAGCCAGCGCUUUUGCAUAGUUGUCAGUGGGGACUGGGGGCUUAUUCGGAUCGAGGCCUGUCCUGUCUCUGCACUUUCCUGGUCCUGCUACACAGUCUGAGAUGGACAGCCCUGUUGUAAUGAAGGAUACACGUCAAUGGAUGUGUAAUUUAACAAAUUGAUGGAGAAUCGAUCCAAUAGAUCGCUAACUGAUGGAGAAAACUGGUUGAUGGCUCAGUAUUAAUUUAGUUUGGUAUAUCAAAUGUCUUUCCAAUUUGUUCUGAUUAGUUUAGACAUGUCAUGUUUUUAUUGUAUUUUUUCCCAUAAUUGUCAUUGACCAAACCGUAUAGUUAGUAGGUUGACAACAUUUGUAAUAUUGUGGAUGCUUUGCCAGUCAGAGCUCAGACCGCUAUUGGGAGAGACCAAUUUAAAUCUGGCACUUGUUCUCUAUUGUCAAGUCUUUUAAAAAUCAAGAAAAUUGCCAUAAAAUAUGCUUAAAAACAAAUCUGGAGUGUUGUGAUGACAUAUUUUACAUUAUUCUUUCAAAUAAUUAUCUUCAAUACUUCCACGUUUUAUUUUUAGCGUACUUUGUCUUUGCCUGUGAAUGCACUUAUUUUAAUUAUAUUCGAGGGCUGGAUCAAGAACCUGAUCACAUUUAACUGAUUGUUUCAGUUUCUAGCACUUCAUUUUGAGGGGUCAUUCAAGUGUUUUGAAGGGCUUCAAAAGCAAUUGUGUGUUUAAAAAAAUAAAAAUAAAAUAAUAAUAAUUAUACCUCUUAGUUAUUGUGUUGACAGGAUGUAGGUUUUAUGUCUUCAUUAAAACUGCUCUUGUUAGAUACUUUUGUGUUUACCUUUUUGUACUCCCCAACCAGAACAACCAUUAUAAACAAUUGGUAUGAUGUGGUCAUGUACUUUUAAGUAAUUUGUAGUGAGAAGCGCUGGUAUUUUGAGGUACAUUUUUUUUAAGAUACUGGAAAUUCAACAGAGCCGUAUCAGCUGAUCUCAGUCUCUCUUUUGGAAUUUCUAUAAUGUUACAUUAUGCUCUAUCUACACUGUCGGUCCUACUGCUGUUAUUUGUUUUGUAAGUCGUUGCACACAGUCAAGUGCAGUGGUGUCCCCCCUCUCCACAUAGUUCACGUGGUCACCUGUUGACGUAAUGGUAACUCAAUUUUAAUAGCAUCUCUUUGUCACAUGAAGUGCCUGACAUUUGUAUUGUUGUCAUUUAUGUGCAUGUUUCUGUAAGUAGACACUUUUUGUUCAACUCUGUGUGUCAUGCAGCAUACAGUGCAUUUGGAAAGUUCAGACCCCUUGACUUUACAGCCUUUUUCUAAAAUGGAUUAUAUACAUUUCUUUCCUCAUCACAAUACCCUAUAAUGACAAAGUGAAAAGUUUUUAAUUUUAUUUUUGUUUGCAAAUGUAUGAAAAGUAAAAAACAGAUUUACUUAUGAAAAUAAGUUUUCAGAACCUUGAAGUUGAGCUCAGGAGCAUUCUUUUUUCAUUCAUCAUCCUUGAUGUUUCUACAACUUGAUUAGAGUCCAUCUGUGGUAAAUUCAAUUGAUUAGACAUGAUUUGCAAAGGCACACACCUGUCUGCAUAAGGUCCCACAAUUAACAGUGCAUGUCAGAGCAAAAACCAAGCCCUGAGAUCGAAGGAAUUAUCCGUAGAGCUCCGAGACAGGAUUGUGUCAAGGCGUAGAUCUGGGGAAGGGUACCAAAAAAUGUCUGCAGCAUUGAAGGUCCCCAAGAACAUAGUGGCCUCCAUCAUUCUUAAAUUGAAGAAGUUUGGAACCACCAAGACUCUUCCUAGAGCUGGCCACCUGGCAAAACGGAGAAAUAUGGUGAGAAGGGCCUUGGUCGGGGAGGUGACCAAGAACCUGAUGAUCACUCUGACAGAGCUCCAGAGUUCCUCUGUGGAGAUGGGAAAACCUUCCAGAAGGACAAACCAUAUCUGCAGCACUCCACCAAUCAGGCCUUUAUGGUAGAGUGGCCAGACAGAAGCCACUCCUCAGUAAAAGGCACAUGACAGCCUGCUUGGAGUUUGCCAAAAGGCACCUAAAGGAUUCUCAAACCAUGAGGAACAAGAUUCUCUGGUCUGAUGAAACCAAGAUGGAACUCUUUGGCCUGAAUACAAAGCGUCAAGUCUGGAGGAAACCUGGCACCAUCCCUACAGUGAAGCAUGGUGGCAGCAUCAUGCUGUGGAGAUGUUUUUCAGCGGCAGACUAGUCAGGAUUGAGGGAAAGAUGAACGGCGCAAAGGACAGAGGGAUCCUUGAUGAAAACCUGUUCCAGAGUGCUCAGGAUCUCAUACUGGGGCUAAGGUUAACCUUCCAAACAGGACAACGACCCUAAGCAUACAGCCAAGACAACGCAAGAUUCGGAACAAGUCUCUGAAUGUCCUUGAGUGGCCCAGCCAGAGCCCGGACUUGAACCCGAUUGAACAUCUUUGUAGAGACCUGAAAAUAGCUGUGCAGCAAUGUUCCCCAUCCAACCUAACAGGGCUCUGCAGAUAAGAAUUCGAGAAACUCUCCAAAUACAAGUGUGCCAAUUGUGUAGCGUCAUACUCAAGGCUGUAAUUGCUGGUGCUUCAACAAAAUAACGGGUCUGAAUAGUUAUGUAAAUGUGAUAUUUCUGUUUUGCUAACAUUUAAAAAUAUAUAUAUUUUAAAAGUUUGGCUUUGUCAUUAUGGGGUACUGUGUGUAGAUGAAGAAAAAACAAUUUAAUCCAUUUUAGAAUAAGGCUGUAAUGUAACAAAAUGUGAAAAAAGUCUAGGGGUCUGAAUACUUUCCGAAUGCACUGUACAUGUAUCUGUAACAUGCAUUUCCACCCCACAGAACUAAUAAUGCCAUGGUUUCAGUCACUUGUUGAUUUGGUUUUUGGAACACCACUGUCUUACAUUUAUUUAAAAAAAAAGGUUUGGUUUUAAUGCACAUUUGAGAUUCUAAAUUCCCUCUACAUCACAAAAACACAAUUGCUGAACCAAAAGAGAAAUAAAUAAAAAAACAUGUUGAAAUGAAGCAAAGGUUUAAAAAUAAAACACAUAGUUGUAAAGUGUGCAAUGUGUGCCAGGUCAAUGAAAAAGUAAAUAGUAUUUGCAAGCGAUUUUGCAGAAUGUGAACAUUUUCCUAAAGCGUUUCCUUUCACAUUUUCUAUAUGUACUAUACAUGUAUAAAUGUUGUUGACCGUUUUCUGAAGUAGCCAAUUCAACACUGUCUUCUGAGUACAAUUGUUUUUAUGAUUUUGAAUAUUCUUGUUCAUGUGUGUGUUUAAAUGAGUGAUAACAACAUAUUGAUUAUUCUACAUUAACUAAUGGUGAACUGGUUCAAAGAGUCAUGUUUUAUGCAAAUGUGCCAAAUAAACUCAAACCUGACUA